AUGUCGGAUCAAGAUAAGUCUGCACUUGAUGCCAACAAGGGUUCUAUUGGCUCUCAGUUCAAGCCAGAGGGAUCCGUUGGACAAAUGGGAGAAAAGGCUGGUGGUCCGCUCAGUAGUAGCGGUGCGGUGGGAAAGCACUUCACGCCUGAGGGUUCAGUGGGCGGCACGGCACAAUCGGCCGCCGAACAAAUGCAAGGAGACAAGAAGCCUAUCUUUGACAAAGACGGCGCAGUAGGCAAGCAAUUCACAUCUGAUGGGGCCAUCGGCAGUGUCGGUGAGGCCGUGGGCGGUCCCUUCUCGUCCAAGGGCGCCAUCGGAAAGCAAUUCACAGAACAAGGAGCAGUAGGAGGAACAAUCCAGGAGAAUUUGGGAAGUGGCAAGGAGUAA